CACAUCUCUUCACCACGGACCCCUGUCCAUAAGAACUCUGGCUAGCUUGGAACCCCUUGUUUACUUCUCUUAAUUUCCUUGCUCUCAACUCGAGAAAGAUAACCAAAUAACAAAAAUAGAUCAAUGGCUGAGAAUCCUAUCAUCACAAUAUGUCUUAUGGCAAUUCUUUUUAUAACUCGCUUAGCAUCCACCCUUGGAAAAUCCAAGCCAUGGACUGGUUUUUUACCUCCUCAGAUCCAAACCCUUGAUUUCGCACGUCAUCUUCAUGUUGAACCCGAUGCCAUCAAAUCGGUCUCUUCUGAUUACGGUAACAUCGUCCAUGAAAAUCCAGCCGCAGUUCUUUAUCCAUCGUCAAUAGAAGAUAUAACGAGCUUAAUAAAAUUCUCGUACAAUAACUACACCCCUUUUACUGUAGCUGCCAGGGGCCACGGCCAUUCUGUUGGGGGACAGGCUAUGGCUUCUAAUGGAGUAGUAGUGGAUAUGACGAGUCUAAGGAAUCAUAAAAAUGGGACUGGAAUUACUGUCUCAAAAUGCCCUUCAUUGGGUUUCUAUGCCGAUGUUGGAGGUGAGCAGCUAUGGAUUGAUGUUUUGCAUUCCACCAUGGAACAUGGAUUUGCUCCGGUGUCAUGGACAGACUACUUGUACCUUAGCGUUGGUGGGACUCUCUCAAAUGCUGGAAUUAGCGGAACAACAUUUCGGUACGGUCCUCAGAUUAGCAAUGUCUAUGAAAUGGAUGUCGUUACCGGGAAAGGAGAACUGGUUACCUGCUCUUCACACACGAAUUCUGAGCUAUUUUAUGCUGUUCUAGGAGGUUUAGGACAGUUCGGAAUUAUAACUAGAGCAAGAAUAGCUUUAGAGCCAGCACCAAAGAGGGUGAAGUGGGUGCGAAUGCUUUACAGCGAUUUUUCUGCUUUUACAAGAGACCAAGAACGUUUAAUCUCAAUCAAUGGAAGGAAGCAGAAGAAUGCACUCGACUAUUUGGAAGGUUCACUUCUUAUGGCUCAAGGACCUCCAAAUAAUUGGAGAUCCUCCUUCUUCCCAUCAUCCGAUAUCCCUAAAAUAAUGUCCCUGGUAACCCAACAUGCCAUCAUCUAUUGUCUAGAAGUAGCCAAAUAUUAUGAUGAUGGGACCAGAUACACUGUUGACAAGGAUCUGCAACAAUUCCUCAAAGGUUUAAGCUUCGUUGCCGGCUUUAUGUUUGAGAAAGAUGUUUCCUUUGUGGAUUUUCUAAAUAGAGUCCGAAGUGGAGAGCAAAAGCUUCAUUCGCAAGGAUUAUGGGAUGUUCCUCAUCCAUGGUUAAAUCUCUUCCUGCCAAAAUCUCGUAUUCUGGAGUUCAACAAGGGUGUUUUCCAUGACCUUGUCCUUAAGCGUAAUAUUACGACUGGAGUCGUUCUUUUUUACCCUAUGAAUAGAAAAAAAUGGGAUGAUAAAAUGUCCGCGGUUAUACCAGAAGAAGAUAUUUUCUAUACCGUGGGAUUCUUGCACUCAAGCGGGUUUAAUGACUGGCAAGCCUAUGAUCAUCAGAACAAGGACAUAUUGAAGUUCUGUGACAAAGCUGGUAUUGAGAUUAAGCAGUACAUGCCCCUUUACAAUAGUAAUAAAGAAUGGAUUAAUCAUUUCGGAUCGAAAUGGAGAAAUUUUCGAGAGAGAAAAGCUCAGUUUGAUCCAAAAAUGAUGCUGUCACCAGGGCAGAGAAUCUUCAAUGACAUAUAAGGCUUAGGUUUUCUUUUCUCGCAGUGUUUCAGCUGCUAGUAGCAUGGUUAGAUAAGGGAAAAAAAUUAAAAAAAAAUAGAGCUGUUGCUACGAGGGAUCUCUGCAAUUGGAUCAUGUUCCUUGAGAGCUUUAUCUUUCGGUAAUUUCUUUUUCUUAAUCAUUAAGGAAGGGUUUGAAUGUCAAACUCUUUGUCAGGUGAAGGUACCAAAUUUCUGGGCUAGUCAAUUGGUGUACCGAAGAGCUGCUUUUACCUUCUCACCUGUAAAUAAUUAAUUGCAUGGAGAACUAAAUAAUUAAGUGAUGGA